UUCUGCACGCAAAUCCUGCACCAGCCGAAGGUAUCCUAGAGAGAGAAAGAAGAGAGAGAGAGAGAGAGAGAGAGAGAGAGAGAGAGAGAGAGAGAUGGAGAAGGCGAUCGAGAGGCAGCGAGUUCUCCUCCAGCACCUGCGACCUUCCUCCUCCUCCUCUUCCGUCCAUGGCGAUGCAUCUUCGCUCUCCGCAUCUAUAUGUGCGGCAGGUGAUAGCGCUGCAUAUCAAAGAUCCGGUAGCUUUGGGGACGACAUAGUGAUAGUAGCUGCGUAUAGGACAGCACUCUGCAAAUCGAAGCGCGGUGGCUUCAAGGACACGUACCCGGAUGAUCUGCUUGCACCUGUUCUGAGGGCAUUGAUUGAUAAAACAAAGAUAAAUCCAAGUGAAGUUGGAGAUAUUGUUGUGGGCACAGUACUGGCACCUGGUUCACAAAGAGCAAGUGAAUGCAGAAUGGCUGCAUUCUAUGCCGGUUUCCCUGAAACUGUGCCAAUUAGAACUGUCAACAGACAAUGUUCAUCUGGGCUUCAAGCAGUUGCUGAUGUAGCUGCAGCUAUAAAAGCAGGAUUUUAUGACAUCGGCAUUGGAGCUGGGCUUGAAUCUAUGACAGUCAAUCCAAUGGCUUGGGAAGGAUCAGUCAACCCAAAGGUCAAGAGCUUUGCUCAAGCUCAAAAUUGCCUGCUGCCGAUGGGUGUAACUUCUGAAAAUGUCGCACACCGUUUUGGCGUGACAAGGCAGGAGCAAGAUCAAGCUGCUGUUGAGUCUCACAGGAAGGCUGCUGCUGCUACAGCUGCUGGCAGAUUUAAAGACGAAAUAAUCCCGGUAGCUACCAAGAUUGUUGACCCAAAAACUGGUGAUGAGAAACCUGUAACCAUAGCAGUGGAUGAUGGUAUUCGGCCUAGCGCAACAUUGUCAGAUCUGGCUAAGCUGAAGCCCGUGUUCAAGAAAGAUGGUUGUACAACUGCUGGUAAUUCAAGCCAGGUGAGUGAUGGUGCUGGAGCUGUUCUCCUCAUGAAGAGAAGUCUUGCAAUGGAGAAAGGCCUACCUAUUCUUGGUGUCUUCAGGACUUUUGCUGCUGUUGGUGUGGAUCCUGCUAUCAUGGGUGUUGGGCCUGCUGUUGCAAUCCCAGCUGCAGUUAAAGCUGCUGGUCUUGAACUGGAUGACAUUGAUCUUUUUGAGAUAAAUGAGGCUUUUGCAUCUCAGUUUGUCUACUGUCGGAACAAGCUGGGUCUUGAGCCAGAAAAGGUCAAUGUCAAUGGAGGAGCAAUGGCCAUGGGACAUCCUUUGGGUGCAACUGGGGCACGUUGUGUUGCUACUCUGUUGCACGAGAUGAAACGCCGUGGCAAAGAUUGCCGGUUCGGUGUGAUAUCAAUGUGUAUAGGCACCGGGAUGGGUGCUGCAGCUGUACUGGAAAGAGGUGACUCGGUUGAUGACCUUUCCAAUGCCAGGAAAGUGGGAACCAACAGUCUUUUGUCCAAGGAUGCUCGAUAGAGGUUUGAUAUGAGCUUUGCAUUUUCAUCUCCUCUUUGCCAUUUCAGCCAAUAAUGUCGUAUUCAAGUAUUCACAAAUUUAGUCAGGGCAUUGUAAUAAGACGUGCAUCAUUUAAAUGACGAAAGUCAAAUGCAAAUUCAGUGGUUACGCAAGACAAUCCUUUUAUAUUCCACCCCCUUAUGCCUCCGGGGAUCUUUGUUAUACUA